CUCAACUAACGGUUCGUUGAUCAUCACUGAUAUAAGAAAAACGCAAGAAGGAUUAUAUAGAUGCGAAGUAUAUAAUGGCGUCGGGGAAGUAUUGAGUAAAGAUAUUUCGAUACGCGUGAUAGGUAUGUAAAUCGUUAAAAUAUUUUUAUCUUGAUGUAAAAAUAAUCGAUUUAACGAUGAAAUAAAUUACUGAGUUGAGUUUGAGAAAAAAAUAUUUUCGAGAUCUGUAUGACAAUUCCUAUUUCUGACGAAAGGAGGCGCUGGAAAGAGAUAUUCUUUGUGUGUGAAAGGCAAAUAGGUAAGUUAUUCGUCUUUUCUAAAUUCUGAUAUUUUUGUUAAGAUGAAGUCUUUUAUGUAUUAUAAAAACACAGCUAAAUGAAAAUAAAUUUAUUUCAGAGUUGUACGGAUGAUCAGAAUCAGCUAAAUAUGCGGUUCUGAGUGGCGAUAAUGGAAAAUAAUUACUGGAAACUGCCUUUACAAUUUCUUUUAACCAAAUGGUUUAUUAUACUUGUGUAUUGCUCAAAAGAUGAACCCCGGAUUCAACCAUUUAGCUUUCCCAACGAAGUAAUUUUGGGACAAAAAGCGAGUGUCGCCUGCACAGCUGUAGCUGGUUCUCCUCCUUUAGAGUUCGUUUGGCAAAAAAAUGGCCGUGAAAUAAAUCCAUCAUCUAAAGUCAUUAUUAGAUCCUUAGGAGAAGUUUCAGUAAUUAUUUUGGAAGCAGUUUCUGUCUCUGAUGUUGGAAAUUAUACUUGUUUGUUGAAAAAUGUAAUAGGUACAGAUAGUUACACAGCAUCACUUUUCGUCAAAGCACCUGCGAAAUGGAUCAAUGAUCUAAGUGACGUCGAACUUGUAAUUGGAAUGAAUAGAAGUAUCGAAUGUCAGGCUUCUGGCUUGCCUUUACCAGUUGUUACGUGGAAGAAAGUUAUAGCCUCUGGAAAAGGCUCCGAAUCUUCAAUAAUAGUUGAGCAUCAGAGAGCAUCUGAAGGAAGAAGUCAACUACUUAUCGAUAAAGCAGAUUAUAAAAAUGUUGGCUAUUAUGUGUGCGAAGCAUCUAAUGGUGUAGGAGAUAAGCUAUCGAGAAGCAUAGCAUUAUUUGUACGUGCGCUUGCUAUUCUAUACUGCAGAGCUGAUUUACAAAAAGAUGAUUUGAAAAUACAGCCUUUCAAUUUCCCCUCUCCAGUCAUAAUUGGUCAAAGAGUGACAACAACAUGUAGUACAACUUGGGGAGAAAAGCUUUUAUUUUCUUGGUACAAAAAUAAAGAAGAAAUUGAAAAUAAAGGACAUAUUCAGAUUCGUUCUUAUGGUGACUUGUCAAAUAUUGUCAUAGAUCCCGUGUCGGAAAAUGACGAUGGCAAUUAUACUUGUGUAGUGAUGUCUGAAGGAUUAACUGACGCUUAUAGUACAAGUCUGAAUAUUUUAGUUCCUCCAAAAUGGAUUCAUAAACCUCAAGAUGCAAAAUUUGUUAUAAACGAACAGGCAAUUCUUCCUUGCCAAGCUUCUGGCAAACCUAGUCCAGCAAUUAGUUGGAUGAAAUCCUUUGGUUCCGAAGAAAGAUAUCUUAUGAUUCAAACGAAUGAACGAAUUUCCAUUCUGAAUAAUGGAAGCUUAGUAAUAGAUUCUAUACAUAAAGACGACCAAAGCUUUUAUAAAUGCCAAGCUACAAAUAAUGUCGGAAAUAAUCUAGAUGUUACCAUAUUCUUAAAUGUUAUUGGUGAACUGAAAAUUCAACCAUUUUAUUUUCCAAACGACGUAAUUCUUGGUCAGAGAAUAACUACAAUUUGCUCCACAACGUGGGCAUAUAAACAAGAAUUUGUCUGGUAUAAAAAUGGUAAAGAAUUGCAAAAGGAUGAGAAAAUUGAAAUUCGUACAUUUGCCGAUAUGUCGACUAUUAUCAUAGACCCUAUUUCGGAAGAACACGCGGGUAAUUACACCUGUAUUGUUAAUGCCGAGGGUCUUUCCGACAGUUAUACUACUCCAUUAAAAGUAUUGGUUCCGGCAGUCUGGAAUUUUGUAUCCAAAGAUCAGGAAAUUCAAAUAGGCGAUAUUCUGUCUCUGACAUGUUCCGCCUCAGGAAAGCCUGCACCCACAAUCACUUGGAAAAAAGCUUCAGUUGCUACUCCCGACGUAUUCAACAGUAUUCUGAUGAAAGACGAUUCAAUUGUAUUACCCAAUGGCACACUAAUUAUAAAAUCAGUUACUAAAGACGAUGAUGGACAUUAUAAAUGUCUAGCUAACAACGACGUUGGAAAACCGAUCGAAAACGAUGUUUCAGUGAGAGUUAUUGCAAUGAUAACAUAUUCGUCUGCAUUAGAAGAAUUUAUAUUUACAAGAUAUAAAACACAAGUUAUUGUUCUUUCAGAAAUGCCACAAAUUCAGCCGUUUUCUUUUCCUAAAGAUAUAUCUUUAGGCCAGAAAGCCAGUGCUACUUGCACUGCUAGAUCUGGGCACCCCCCUUUCGGAUUUAGUUGGAAAAAAGAUGGACAAGAUAUUCAGAUACAUUCACCUAAAGUAACUGUCGAGACGAUCAGAGAUUUUUCUGUUAUCGUCAUAGAUCCCGUAGAUAUUUCGGUUGCGGGUAACUAUACCUGUAUUUUAUCGACUUCUACUGGAACUAGUUCUUACAGUACUUACUUAGAAGUCAAAGUUCCUCCUCAAUGGAUUCAAGAACCAAGUGAUAUUGAUGUUCUGCUUGGUAAUAAUGUGACUGUUACUUGUGAAGUGUCCGGUUAUCCUAUACCAACAGUUACGUGGAAGAGGACGGAUAAUGGACAGUACGUGCAAACACAGAAGCAACAUCCUGGAAAAAGUAUCUUGUUAUUAGAUAAAAUUACUGAUGUAGACGAAGGCUAUUAUAUUUGCGAAGUUAGUAACAAUGUUGGAAAAGAUAUUAAUAAAGAAAUUAAAAUCAAAGUGAUUGUUCCUGCCAAAUUUGAAGAGAAAUUCACAGUCCAAAAUGUUCGUAGAGGAGACACAGCUACUUUAAAAUGCGACGCGGUUGGAGACAAGCCAAUGACUAUCACUUGGUCCAAAGAAAAAAAAGUGAUUGAUUUUACGAAAAUGACGAGAGUCGAAAGAUUCGAUAGAGAUCAAGAAAGAGGACUCAACUCAGAGCUUGUCAUUCGAACUGCGGAUAGAAAUGACGGAGUUUUAUACACUUGCUUUGCCAAAAAUGAAUACGGAAGCGAUGAGAGAAAUAUUAAGUUAUUAGUUGUAGAGGUUCCAGCUCAGCCGUUAGAUGUUAAAGUACAAGAGGUGUGGGGUAAAAGAGCAACAAUUAAAUGGUCUGCACCUUAUAGUGGAAAUAGUCAAAUUACAAAAUAUAUCGUCCAGUAUUGGAGAGAGAGAGGUAGUGCUCAUAAAUUAUUAGAAGAAACUGUGCCUAAUUCUCAAACUUCCAUAGAAUUACAGAGUUUACAGCCUGGCACUCCAUAUGCUGUAACAGUGGUUGCUGAAAAUGAAAUUGGACAGGGAGAACCAUCUGAUAUAUACAGGUUUACUACUGGAGAAGAAGAACCAAAAGGCCCUCCUACUGAUGUUUGGGUUAAAGCAAAAGGUUCAAGUACAAUUAUUGUUUCUUGGAAGCCUCCUCCAAGAGAAUACUGGAAUGGAGAAUUGAAAGGUUACUUUAUAGGAUAUAAAAUAGAUGAUCCAUCACUCCCAUAUUCAUACAAAACUGUUUAUAAUGUUACAAAUGAUACUCAUGAAUAUACUCUUACCAAUCUAAUGAAAUCUACCAAAUAUAAUGUCAUAGUAAAGGCAUAUAACAGUGCUGGAACAGGUCCUCCCUCACAAGAAUUAACAGCUAAAACUUUAGAUGGAGAUCUUCCAUUUCCACCACCUUUGGCUUUACAUAGUGCAUCAGAUUCUGCAAUUAGUGUGAAAUGGGGAUUGACUCCAAAUACAAAUAUCCCUGUCUCAGGAUACACAAUACACUACAAGAAAACUGGAGGUGAAUGGUAUCACAUACCUAUUAUUGCAAAUUCCCAAAAUCAUUUUACAGUGACUGGAUUAGAUCGUGGAACUACCUAUGAUGUUUAUAUAACAGCAAGCAAUCAAUAUGGAAAUGGUGAAGCUGGAGAUGUACUAAAAAUAAAAACAUCCACAUUAGGUUUUGGAGGAGGGGUACCAUUUUACCUUGAUCUCUCCAUAAUUAUUCCAGUAGCUGCAUCACUUCUCGCCUUUAUUGUUAUCAUUAUAGUAAUUGCCAUAUACCUUCGAAAAUCCAGAGCGAGAAGGAAUCUAGAAAAAGCCCUUCAAGGUGCCAAACCAUCUACUUAUACUGGUUCUUCUCAACGUUACAUAGAUAUAAACAAAACAAGACCGGCCAAUCAUUCAGAUGUGGGAACAGGAGCUCCAAGCGUGGCAUCUUACGCCACAAUACCUUCCAGCCAAGGACAAGAUUCCACUCAGGAAAUGAAAACAUUUUUCCCUCCGGUGUGUGUUGCCACAUUUAUUUUAGUAUACUGUAGUGUGGUAGUAGCCUUUGGACCAAAGAGUUAUCGAUGCGAUCUUUUGGAUAUCAAAUGCGUGGAAUUCCGUAAAGAAAAGAACGACGAAAUCCAAAAGGAAAACCCUACUGCAGAUAUUACUGUCUUGAUUCCCGAAUUAGAAAACACAGACGAAGUUGUUGACUGUGAACGUGAUAUCGUGAACACCGAACCUAUUCAUUCAGAAAGUGUUUUUGGAAGGGUCCGAAAAGUGUUCAUUGCAAGAAAGGAUAAAAAUAGCGGAAAAGGAAGCCUGUAUCAUAACGAAGAAGAGAAGCCCUUGGCUUUAUCCCACAAGGAAGUUUACGAUAUUCUGGAGAAAAUAGUCUCUCGCUAUGAGACUACUAGUGAAUUGACGGUGCAAAACUUUACUUUUCCGAAUGCUGUUUUUGUAAACGAGCAAACAACAACUACCUGCAUCACUAAACAAGGUGGCAGCAAUUUGAUUUUUGAAUGGACUAAGGAUGGAAAUAAGAUUAAGAGUGAAAACAGAAUAAAAAUUUUAACUUACUCGGAUUUAUCCACUAUUGUGAUCAGUUCAGUAGCAGAAACCGAUUCUGGGAAUUAUACAUGCACUGUGAAAUCAGAAAAAGAACAAAGUAGUUUCACAGCCUCAUUAAAUGUUAGAGCACCACCAAAAUGGAUUAGUUCACCUUCAGAUACGUCUGUGAUUCUUAAGGAAAGCGUCAGUAUAUCUUGUUUAGCUUCUGGAGUUCCGCGACCUACAGUGACAUGGAAAAUAUCAGAUGCAAAAGGAAACUUUAACGUUCUUCAGUCUGAUUCUCAACAUUUAUUGAUAAGCGAAGGCACUCUUACUAUUAAAUCAGCUUUAAAAUAUGACCAAGGUAGUUAUACAUGUGAAGUUUCUAACGGCAUGGGAGAAGUUCUAAAGAAAACAGUAUUUAUUUCAGUAUUGAAACCACCAAAACUUCAGCCGUUUACAUUUCCGGAAACAGUGACUUUCGGCGAUAGGGUGAAUGUUAUAUGUGGUAUAAAAUCUGGAAUGAAACCAUUAAAUUAUAAAUGGUUAAAAAACGGAAAGAUGUUAUUGAGCACUGAUAAUUUGACUAUAGAUAUGCAAACAGAUUAUUCUGUUCUAACGAUAGUGCCAUCAUCUAGAAAUGAUGCUGGAAAUUAUACAUGUCUCGUUGAAAAUAAAUUUGGUAAAGAUUCUUUUACAGCUCAGCUCUUUCUAAAAGCUCCUCCUGUAUGGAUAAAAUAUCCUAAAGAUUUGAAAAUAGUUCAAGGAAGUUGUAUAGAAGUAGAAUGCAGAGCUGAAGGUCUUCCACAACCUGAAAUAAUUUGGAAAUUAAGAACAGGAAGUGAAUCUCUUGUUAAAGUCAUUGACAAUCAUCGGUUGCAAAUAGCUGUAAAUGGUUCUCUUCUACUUUGUCCUGCUAAUCAAGCAGAUAGUGGAAAUUAUAUAUGUGAAGCAACAAACGGAAUCGGUCCUCCAUUACAGAAAAAUGCAGAAAUUAUCAUUAAUGAGGAACUACAUAUUCCAGCCUUUCAGUUUCGUGAUAAUGUUAUGGGUGGUGAGAAAGUAACUGCUACAUGCACAACUACUACUGGUAAUGGAAAUUUGGUGUUUAGAUGGUUGAAAGAUGGAAAAGAAAUCGUCGAAGGAGAAAGAAUAAAAAUAUUAUAUUUUUCGGAUGUAUCUAAUAUAGUUAUACAUCCUGUUAUCGAAGAAGAUACUGGCAAUUAUACAUGUAUUGUUUCUGAUGGAAAGCAAAGGAAUAGUUUUACUGCACUUUUAGAUAUUAAAGUGCCUCCCGAGUGGAAAGACUUACCCACUGAUACAGAAGUAAUAAUGAGUAAAAAUAUUAGUGUAAACUGCGCGGCUUCUGGUAGACCUAAACCAACGGUUUUAUGGUUUAAAUAUAAAGACCAAACUAGAACCGAAAUCGAAGAAAGGAAAUAUUUAGUUAAAAAUGGAAUUUUAAUAAUUCCUCAAGCAACAAAAGAUGAUGAAGGUUAUUAUGAGUGUGAAGCCGGCAACGGAGUUGGAAAAAUACUUAAAAAGAAAAUUUUAAUAUCAGUUCUCUGUAAGUUUGGAGCACCCAAACUUCAAGCUGUUACAUUUCCCGAAUUUGUAUCAGUAGGAGAACGAGUUAGAGCCACUUGUGGUAUCAAAUCAGGCAUUCCUCCUUUGAAAUUUAAAUGGAUUAAAGAUGGUCGGGGUAUAAAGGAUAUACCAAAUGUUUCUGUAGAUUUUAAUGAAGAUUAUACAGUUUUAACCAUAACAUCAGUUACUCAUGAUAAUAUGGGAAAUUAUACUUGUAUAGUGGAAAAUUCAUUAGGUAGAGACAGUUAUAUUGCUAAUCUUAUCGUUAAAGCACCACCAGAGUGGAUAACGCAACCAAAAGACAUUCAUACACCAGAGGGAAAAUGCAUUGAAUUAAUAUGUUUAGCAAAAGGAUUGCCAAAGCCUGAAGUUGCAUGGAAGAAAUCGACUGGCCAGAGUAAAGAGUUUACAUCCAUGAAUGACAAUAAACGAGCGCAAAUUUACCAAAAUGGUUCUUUAAUUAUGUGUGGAAUUAGUAAAGACGAUGCCGGGCAUUACCAAUGUCAAGUUAAUAAUAAUGUAGGCACAGCUCUAUUAAAAACUGUUGAGGUAACAGUUAAUGGGGAAUUGAAUGUUUCUCCAUUUAAUUUCCGAGAAAAUGUGAUGGUAAAUGAGAAAGUAACAGCAACUUGUACGACAGUUACCGAAGAUACACAAAUAAGUUUUAAAUGGUUUAAAAAUGGAAAACUGAUAACUGAUAACGAAUAUAUAAAAGUGAUGUAUUAUUCUGAUGUUUCUCUUCUGACAAUUAAUCCGGUAAGAGCAGAUGAUAGCGGAAAUUAUACCUGUAUUGUCACUUCUAAAGAAAAAUCCAGUAAACACACAGCUGCUCUUAUUGUGAAAGCUUCUCCACAGUGGAUAACCCAGCCCGAAAAUGUGCAGUCCGUGAUGGGUUCUAACAUUAGUUUACACUGUUCUGUAACAGGCAUACCAACGCCAACAAUAAAUUGGAAAAAGGCUGAAACUUCUUCAGAUACAAAUUUUAAACCUGUUUCUGCCUCCAGUAACAGUAUUAUAUCAGCAGAUGGAACACUAAAUCUCUUAAAAAUAGGAAAAUCUGAUGAAGGAUUAUACGAGUGUCAAGCUUCGAACGGAAUCGGAAACGAUCUUCGUAAAUCUGUAACAAUUUCUGUAUUCAAAUAUACAUUUCACCUGAGUAGUUUAAGAUUUACUGAUUCGUAUCGUCUAUACGACAUCUUGGUCAAAUUUCGAAGAAUACUAACGAACAUGUGGAUUUUAAGAAUAGUAUUGAGCGUUGUAUUCCCAAGCUGGAUAUUCUGUGAUCAAGAUAGUCCAAAAAUUCAACCAUUUAUAUUUCCCGAAAAUGUAAACGUUGGGCAGAAAAUCAGUGUUUCCUGCAAUGUAAUUACUGGAAAUAUGCCUUUAGAUUUUAAAUGGAUAAAAGACAAUAAAGAAAUUUUAGAUAGCUCUAAUUUGGAAAUUGGACAAUAUAAUGGCGUUUCCAUUUUAGUAAUAAACCCAGUUACUCCAUCUAAUACUGGAAACUACAGUUGUAUAGUGAAAAACAAUUUAGGAUCUGAUAGUUUCACUGCAUCACUAACAGUUAAAGCUCCAGCUAAGUGGAAGACGAAACCAAAAAAUCAGGAUGUUUACGUUGGUGCAAGAGUUGAAAUGAUUUGCCUAGCAGAUGGAUAUCCAUUACCGAAGAUAACUUGGUUCAAGGAGAAAGAUACGAGUGGCCAGCUGAUCGCGAUCGAUACUAACAUAAGAUAUUAUGUUACUGACUACGGAAAUUUAACUAUUUUAAAUGUUACACCUGAAGAUAGCGGUAAUUAUAAAUGCGAAGCUGACAAUGGAGUUGGUGAAAAACUAAAUUCUGUAGCGACUAUUUCUGUGCAUGUUCCAGCUAGAUUUGAAGAAAAAUUUAGUGUUCAAACAGUUAGACAAGGAGAUAGUGCCAUUUUGAGAUGCGAUGCUUUGGGUGAUCAUCCGCUAACAGUGAAAUGGUUAAGAGAUAAAAAAGAAUUAGAAAUUUCAGAAUUGUCAAGAUAUGAAAAAUUCGAGACAACUUCAACGACUGGAUUAAAUUCUGAAUUAUAUAUCCGAACAGUUGAUAGACGAGAUGGAGCACUCUAUAGUUGUGUUGCUCAGAAUAUAUAUGGCAGUGACGAUAGAAAUAUAAAAGUUUUAGUUGUUGAGGUGCCAGCUCAACCGUUAGAUGUUAAAAUCCAGGAGAUUUGGAGUAGAAGUGCCAAUAUAACAUGGACAGCACCUUAUUCGGGAAAUAGCCCGAUUACCAAAUAUAUUGUUCAAUAUUGGAAAGACAAAGCCGGUUCUCAAAUGUUGCAAGAGGAAGAAGUGACGGCUGCUCAUACUUCUGUAGUUAUAAAUAAUCUUCAUCCAGGUACAUCUUAUGCUUUAACAGUUAUUGCGGAAAACGAAAUAGGUCACGGGGAACCUUCUGAAACUGUACGAUUUGUGACGGGAGAAGAAGAGCCAAGUGGCCCUCCGACAGAUCUCUGGGUUGAAUCUAGAGGCCCUUACACAAUAUUAGUUAGAUGGAAGGCUCCUCCCAAGGAAUAUUGGCAUGGAAAAUUAAAAGGCUAUUACGUUGGUUAUAAAAUGGAAGGAUCUCCACAACCUUAUUCUUUUAAAACUGUGGAAGCCAUGAACGUUAACAUCACUCAUGAAUAUUUGUUAAAUGGUCUUAAGAAAUCAUCUAAAUACAGCAUUGUAGUAAAAGCUUAUAACGGAGCUGGAACGGGACCCGCUUCUCAAGAACUGAUUGUUAAAACAUUAGAUGGAGUACUACCUCGGCCUCCAUCGGUUUCCCUAUUAUCUGCUUCUGAUUCAACAAUAAGUGUUAAAUGGGGACAUACCAUUUCAAGAGAUGAACCAGUGACAGGUUAUACGCUUCAUUAUCGUAAAAAAGUAGGACACUGGUUACACGUUCCUUUAUUAGCUUCCGAUCAGACCAAAUAUACACUAACAGGUUUAGACAGUGAUACUACGUAUAACGUUUAUGUUACUGCAAAUAACAGAUAUGGUCGAGGUGAUCCUAGUGGUAUUCUUAGUGUUAGAACAGGCGAUAAAGGAUUUGGAAUGAGAAUGCCUUUUUACCUCGAUCCUUCGGUAAUUAUCCCAGCAUCAGCAUCUCUAGCAGCUAUUAUAGUAGUCAUAUUGGUUGUUUCCAUUUUCUUACAUAAAUCAAAAUCACGGCAUACUCUAGAAAGAGCGAUACAAAGUGGCCAACAGUAUGCAUAUGCCGUUGGUUCUUCUCAAAGGUAUAUAGAUAUGGAUAAAGCAAGACCUCAUAGUCAACCUGAACCAGGAACGCCCGCAAUAAGUGUGGCUUCUUAUGCAUCUAUACCUUCGCGUAUAGAUAAUGAAGAUUUAUAUGGAGAUGACUGUCGUCAAGAGAUCUUGAGUCCUCACAAUAAACAAAGGCCAGAAUCUUUUCCAAGGCCUAGCGCUAUCAAGAAAGGAAUAGCUCAUGUUUAAUAUCAGUUCUUCCCAUUAUUCUAUUGCAACCACUGCCUCCAAAAAUUUUAAAUCGGAAGAGAUGAAAGAGAAACUUCAAGUUCUCUCAUCAGAAAAGUUAAAUGAAUAUGCACGUGUCUUGAUUGUCUACCAAGUCACAAUUUUACUCGCCAUUUUUAGUAUAAAUUUUGUACCAGAUAUUUUUAUUGAAAAAUGAAAAAAUCUUUGUUAUUUAUAAAGUUGUUCUUGUUUAAAUUUUAACUUAUUUAUAGAUAAGUGAGUAUAUGUGAUGUUUGUAAUUAUAAUAAAUAAUAAUCGUGUCCUAGAUUAUACUUACAUAAGAAAAAAAAUAUAUGUAGCCGUACAAAAGAAAAAAAAUCUUGUAUAUGCACAGCAAUGCAAUGUAUCAGCACUGUUUUAUUAUCAAAUUUUAACUAUUUAAUAUUCUGUGAAAUUUGCUAUUCAGUGGACUGGAUAACAAAAGGAUAUUAGGAGUUCAAAUAUCUUCGCAUGUUUAUUCAUAGCGUUAAACAUGUUUACAAAAGCAGUGUCUUAUCUACUUUAAAACAUGAAAAUAAUUACUAUUGUGAAUGUCAUUUACUAUAUUCUUUGAUAUAGGCUAUUAUCUGUACUGCGAGAACGUUUUACAGUUACCUAAAUUGAUCAUUAUAAGAAAAACAAUAUGAAUAAGUUUGUACUCAUUGUAAACUAUUUGAAAUAAA